CGUCUGUCAGGGACCCACCGCCGUCUCCUUCGUCUCUGCUGCAGAGGGAGCCGCGAGUGACCCCAGACCUGCGGGCUCUGCUGCGCUGCGGGCGCCGGGCGGGUGAGAAGGGGGACCCCAGCAACCUCCGGAAAAGCGAAGAGGUUUCCUGGGUGUUCUCUCCACUUGAAAAGGUGCCUUAAAGACUCUCUGGAUGGGAUUGGUGAACGGUGGCGCCUCGAAAAGAGCCCUCCAAACAUCCCUGGAGGCGUUUGGCGGUCUGAGCAGAGAGAGAGAGAGGAGAGCACCGGACUGGAUAGGAAAUAGAUGCAGAAGAGCAGAGUGCAAGAUAAGGCAGCCCGAAUGGGGAUCAGGGAACCAAGAGAGCAGUGGUAGGCAUAAGGGAGCGUUUCCGUCGACAGGUGACAACAACUACAAUCAUUUGCAGCGCGAAAGAACUACCUUUGCCCAUGGCUGAAAUGAACUCAUAUCUACUGGUUUUUGUUGUUGUUAGCUAAGCACUGGCUAUGAUUUGUGGGCUCAGACUGUAUUUCUUUAGAAGAUAAACUGUCCGCAUGCUUUAAGUACCUCCUGAAACUUACGUUGGCCUUUACACUCCUCACAUACGCAGCUAUCUCUUCUGUCCCCCCGAGUUGCUAGGUAAAUUGGUCAUGACGGUGUAACGUAAAGAAGAACAUACUGUAUAUCAAAAUGAGAGUUUUAUAGGAGAUGUUAGAAGCUCUCAAGGCACUUUCAACCUUUUUUGUUGAAAAUACUCUGCGGACUCGAAGAAAUUUACGUGGAGAUAUUGAGCGUAAAAGUUUAGCCAUCAAUGAAGAAUUUGUAAGCAUUUUCAAGGAAGUGAAGGAGGAACUUGAAAGCAUAAGUGAAGAUGUUCAAGCAAUGAGCAACUGUUGUCAAGAUAUGACAAGUCGCCUACAGGCAGCAAAGGAGCAGACUCAAGAUUUAAUAGUAAAAACCACUAAGCUUCAAUCUGAAAGCCAAAAAUUAGAAAUAAGAGCACAAGUUGCAGAUGCCUUCUUAUCCAAGUUCCAACUGACUUCUGAUGAAAUGAUUCUUCUCCGAGGUACAAGAGAAGGACCCAUUACUGAGGAUUUUUUCAAGGCACUGGGAAGAGUAAAACAGAUUCAUAAUGAUGUCAAAGUUCUCUUGCGUACAAAUCAACAAACGGCAGGUUUAGAAAUUAUGGAACAGAUGGCCUUACUUCAAGAAACGUCUUAUGAAAGACUUUACCGAUGGGCUCAAAGUGAAUGUAGAACAUUGACACAAGAAUCAUGUGACAUAUCUGCAGUAUUGACACAGGCAAUGGAAGCCCUGCAGGACAGACCUGUCUUAUAUAAAUAUACCUUAGAUGAAUUUGGAACAGCCAGGAGAAGUACAGUUGUUCGUGGAUUUAUUGAUGCGCUCACAAGAGGGGGCCCCGGAGGUACACCUAGGCCAAUUGAAAUGCACUCUCAUGACCCUUUGAGGUAUGUGGGAGAUAUGUUGGCUUGGCUCCAUCAAGCUACUGCUUCUGAAAAGGAACACCUUGAAGCUCUCUUAAAGCAUGUCACUACACAAGGUGUUGAAGAAAAUAUUCAAGAAGUUGUUGGGCAUAUCACUGAAGGUGUGUGCAGGCCUCUAAAGGUUCGAAUUGAGCAAGUAAUAGUUGCUGAACCUGGGGCAGUUUUAUUAUAUAAAAUUUCUAAUCUCCUCAAAUUUUAUCACCAUACAAUCAGUGGCAUUGUUGGAAAUAGUGCAACUACAUUAUUGACCACCAUUGAAGAAAUGCAUUUGCUAAGCAAAAAAAUAUUCUUCAAUAACUUGAGUCUUCAUGCAAGUAAAUUAAUGGACAAGGUUGAACUCCCACCACCUGAUCUUGGACCAAGUUCUGCACUAAAUCAGACACUCAUGUUGCUGCGUGAAGUUUUGGCAUCUCAUGAUUCUUCGGUUGUACCAUUAGAUGCUCGUCAAGCUGAUUUUGUGCAGGUUUUAUCAUGUGUCUUGGAUCCUCUCCUACAGAUGUGUACUGUAUCAGCCAGCAACUUAGGUACAGCUGACAUGGCCACUUUCAUGGUCAAUUCACUAUAUAUGAUGAAGACAACAUUAGCGCUAUUUGAAUUCACUGACAGACGUCUGGAAAUGCUACAAUUUCAGAUCGAAGCGCAUUUGGACACACUUAUAAAUGAGCAAGCCUCUUACGUUUUAACUAGGGUAGGCUUGAGUAACAUCUAUAACACUGUACAGCAACACAAACCAGAGCAAGGCUCUUUAGCUAAUAUGCCCAACCUAGAUUCUGUGACACUGAAGGCAGCGAUGGUUCAGUUUGAUCGUUAUCUGUCAGCCCCAGACAACCUAUUAAUGCCACAGCUGAACUUUCUUCUAAGUGCCACAGUGAAAGAGCAGAUCAUAAAACAGUCUACAGAAUUAGUCUGCAGAGCCUAUGGUGAAGUGUAUGCAGCUGUGAUGAAUCCAAUCAAUGAAUACAAAGAUCCAGAGAACAUUCUUCACAGAUCGCCACAGCAAGUGCAGACGCUUCUUGCCUGAUUAUCUUAUUUCAUUGUGUUAGCAAAAUAUGGCCUUUCUAAAACACUGAAGAUUAUUUUUUAUUCUUUGAAUUUUUACUUUAAAAUUUGAUAGUUUUCUUUGUAUCAUAACAUUGUGAGUCCCGAUAUUUUUUUUUUGUCUCAGUGACAUGUUUACCUGAGUUUGUAUUGCUGUGUAUCUAUUCUAAAUAUGAGAUGCUCUAUUUUUUUGUUAGCCAUCUCUCCAGCUCUGCAGUUUCCCCUGUAUUGAGGAAGCAUAAAGUAGUAUGAAAGGUUUGAAGAAUUUUUUUUACAAGACUAGUUCUAAAUUAACAGCAUAUAAAAAUUCUGUCUAAAUUAAGAAUUAGUAUAAGGAUAUGACCUAAUAAAUGUCUCCUUACCUAAAGAUUCAUUUGCUUUCCUAUUAAUAUGAAUAGUCAUACCUAGUAGCUUUUCUGUACCUAGCCUAUGUCUCUGUCCCCAAAAUAGCUACCCUUAAAGAGUUGUUAGAAGAGAGAAAAAUAACAGUGAAUUGUGCUCCUGGUAUAUAUGGCAGUGAAUCUCAUUCUUGUUCUACUUUAGCAUACUGUAUAUAUUUGACUGCAUACAUUUUUAUGCAAUUUUAAAUAUACACUCAGCAAUGAUGAGAAAAAAAGGAGAGCGAAAAGUAAUUUCAAUAGGGUGGAUUCCACUCUGUGGGAGCCCUUGAUGGAACUCAAGGUGGAGCGCAGCCUUUCCAAUGACUUCUGGGCGUGUAGACAGCCUGAGCUGUGUCUAAGUCUGCUGUUUGAAGAAAGGUAUUUGUCAUACAAUAUGGGUCCCAAAUCCAACCAACUGCAAAUUUUAUCUGGUGUUCAAACUAAAGAAACAAUGAUCUGUUCAAACACUGGAGAAAAAAAACUGCCAGAGGAGGAGUUGCCAGUGGGCAGUGUGUCUUAUCUCCAUGGUGUAACUGGACUCUUACUUUAGACCAUUACCUGUUAGGAAGAUUCAAAAUGACUGUAUUUUUAAAGGGAUAAAUCCCAAUGUGCCUGAUAUGACAUUCUUAUCAGCAGAAAAAAGCUUAAUUUCUAGUAGAUCUAUAAAAAGGAGUAAGUCCCUAAAUUACAAAUGAGAAAACUGAAGCACAAGGAAAAAAAUAACUAGUUUGAAAUAUUUUGAAAAGUAAUAGCAUAAAACUAAUAUUUGUAGAAAAUUAUGUUGUAUAUGACAAAUUAGUAUUUAUAUGACCUUUUUGAAGUUUAUACUUGUUUAUAACUAAUACAAUUCUUUUUGGAGUCAGAAUGAUUAUGUAAUCAUUACCCAUUUAGGUAUAAAUCUGUAUUUUUAGUCUUUUCCCUUCAAUGAGUAUGUGUUAUAUAUAAAAGACAGAAAAUAAAGUAUAACUCAAGAACUUAAAAUUUAUAUAAUUUAUUUCUACAGUGAAAAGAUUCACACCUUGCCAUGAGUGAACUCCUUUGUUUUAUAGGAAAAAGUAUAUUUUGCUUUUUACCUGUUUUUUUUCAAAUAAAAUAUUUCUAGAGCAGCAAUCAUUGCAGUUAUCCUAUAGAUACAUAUCCUAUUGACAUGUUUUUAGAAAAUGCACUAAUAGAAAUGGAAGUACAAUAUAGGGCAAAACUGAGGUAAUGAGUGAAAGAUUCACAGGCAAAAUGUGCUAUGUAUGAUCUUGAGAACUAAGGCAAAAUAAAAACAUUGCAAGUAGUAAUCCAUUAAUGUAACACCUAACUUUGCUAUUACUCCAUUGUUUGUAUUUUGAACCAUUUUCAUUUGGCAUAAGUAUAACCUAGAAAAUGCAUGUCUGCCCUUCUUUCAGAGAGGGAAGGUGAUUGAAUGGCAAAACCCUUAUGUGUUUGAACUUUUCCAUUUCUUUCUCUAUGCCUUCACUUGAGCAGGUGGAUAUUACCUGAGGAAGAAGAUGACACAAAUGGACUGAUUGACUUGACUCGAAAUUCGUGAUUACAGUGUUCAAAUGGGCACUGCUAUCGUUUGAAAAAUGUUUCUCCAAAUUCGUGUUGAAAUCUUCACACCUGAGUGUAUUAGGAGGUGGGUUUUUUGAGAGGUGAUUAGGUUGUUGGGAUGCAGCCCUCAUGAAUGGGAUUAGUACCCUUACCCAAGAGGCUGAAGAGAUCCCUGUCCUUUCAACCAUGUGACGUUACAGUGAGAAGACAGCCAUCAAUGAGGAAGCGGGCCCUUACUAAAUACCACAUCUUUUGGCACCUUGAUUUUGGGCUUUCCAGCCUCCAGAACAGGGAGAAAUAAAUGUCUGUUGUUUUUAUAAGCCACUUUAUUUGGGUAUAGCAGCCCAAAUGAACUAAGACAGACACUCAAUAUUGCUUUGUGAUUCUACUCUGUUUCUUUGGCAAACUUACCUUUCCAUGUUUCCAAAGGACUUUUUCAUCCACAUUCUCAGUUAAUAUCCUUCAUAAUUCACCAAGAUUAGAAACUCUUAUAUAAUCUUCCUCAUUUUCCUAUUCUCAAACAUCACACCCAUCUUCUCUCCUCCCUCGUUUUGCACUUGAGAUGUUCUCUCUUUUUCUAUGACAGGAUAUUCCCUUUAUGCUCAGGCUUGCAUUUCUCAUCUUCUUAUUAGAGUCUUCUCUUUUUGGAUUAUCCCUUCAUUUUGCUUCAGCAACAACUGGCCUCUCUCUAGGAUUAUUCUCAAUGUCAUACAUAAUGUUGUAAUGUUUAUAAUAUUUUUUAAACCUCUCUACCUCUGAGAUCCUAACACCUCCAUUUCUCUGCUUCCUUUUCUGGUUUAGACAUGCUGUCAUCUACUUCCUCAUUUCUCAUUCUGUCUUUAAAGUAUCCCUCUCACCACUACACUGAAACUUACCUGAUGCACUUUUCAUCGGUGCUAUAUGUUGUCAGAAGCAGAUUCUUCUGUAUCUCUAUUUAUUGAACUUUCAAUGUCAUUCCACACAUUUCUGUUUGAAAUUCUAUCCUUUCCAGGCUUCCAUGGCACCACUUUUUCCUGAUUUUCUUUUCAUUUCAUUAGUCUAACCCUCUUUUGACCUUCUUCCCUGGGUCUUUUGCCUCUGUAUGAUUUCUAAAUGUUGGCAUACUCUAGGGCUUGAUCCUGGAUGCUUUUUUUUUUUAAUCCUUCCUUUAGGGAUUUAUUACUUCAGCCCAUUCUAUCCAGAAUAAUGCUAAAGCUUAAGUGUCUUUAGAUAUAUCCAUAUGAUGGAGAACAGCAGUGAGAAAAUGAAAGGUUUUCAAAUACAUAAUGUUGAGGGAAAAAAUCAGAAUAAUAUAAUACUUUAAUAGAAUUUUUAACAAAAUGUAAAAAGAUAUAUUAUUCAUAAAUAUACAUAUGCUAAAUAUGUAAGGAAAAUAUGGGAAAUGAUUAAUACAGUUUAAGAUUAUGGAGAGGGAAGCACAGGAUGUGUUGAAGUUACUGAUAAUGUUUUAUUCUUAUGCUAGGUUGUUAGUACUAUUUAAAUAUUCUUUAAAAUUUUUCAUAUAUGUUACGUAAACUUUGUAUAUUUUACAAUUUUAAAAAAUAGUUUAGAAACUUGCUUGGCAUAGGGCCUGGACUAAAGUUGGAACUCAGUAUAUAAUAGAUAUUUUUUUAGUUAGUCUUAUUAUUAAACACAUUUCUUAAGUAUCUAGUAGGUACUAGGCUCUGUGAUAAGCAUCAGAGUUUAAAAAUAUAGCGAAAUCAUGUGUUUCCCAUUGAGGAAUUCCCAGUCUUGCACAGAGAUAGCUACAUGUAUUAUAAAUAAACAUAAUGCAAUUUGGUAGAGUGCUUGUACAUGUUGGCAAGAAAAAACAGUGAACUAAUAUCCUUUAUAAUUCAAUCAGAUGUCCUUGGUAUAUAAGAGGUUGAGAGCACACACAGAAAACAGUUUCAAACCACAACUAUCCAUUGUUUAGUCUGAGAUUAUCAUAAUGACUGGGUUCUAUUAACUAUUUAUUUGAUUAAGAUGUAAAAUUAUAUAAUAGCAUGGUGAGAGCAAAAAUGGUAGAUUAAAGAAUUUAAAAAUUUUGUGCCCUUAUAAAGGUAGCAAUAAAACUGACCUUCAAAAAAUGGUCAAACUCAACUUUUUCAGUACUCUAGAAACUAAUCAAAAACUCAUAGUAACCUGAGUUACUUAAAAAAAAAAAUGCCAAAUGUUAGUAAGAACAACAAGCAUUUUGGCGCAUUAACUUAUGCCAGUUCCAUACCUUGCUCCCUAGUUCAGCAAUAGUCUUGAAAAGAACAUACCACAUUCAUGGUAUGGGAAAGAGCAGAAUGGACCUUAUCUGGAGAUAGUCCUUAUUUGAGCCAUCUGAUAACUCCCAGGAAAACCAAUUCACAAUUUAUCUUGCCUAUUAUGGAACUGAGCCUCUACUGUAGUAGGGAUGGCGAAUUUAUUUAAAAUAUUUACCUGCCACUGCUGCAUGAAGCAAUGGGUAACAGCUGGGGCAAACAGUAAACUAACCAGAAAGCUUUGGAAGAAAGGUUGGGAAUGAGAUGUUCAUAAGGACUUCGAAAAACUCUUGACAUAUUUUCUGGAAAUCCAGAAGGCUCUGUGCAUAUUUAGGACUGUGUGCAUGCUCACAAACAACCAGAGACCCUAAUCUCUCACCUCUACCUGACUUUGAGGAUCUGAGCAAGCAGGGAAUGAAGGCAAAAGAAAAGUUAUAAGCUGCCUGGCUGAGUGUUCAAGACAUGUUCCAACAGGCACACAGAGCCCUUCAGCAAAUACUGAGCAAUUUUUUGGUUUUAGGCAUUUAAGGAAAUCUUCAUCCAAUCAUUACUUGACAAUUAAGCUAAUGAAUCAGACAUAUAAGCGGUCACACAUGACAAGACAGAUUUUAUAGAAUGAGUUCAUGAAACUCACUAAAUAUAAUCACAGCUGUAAAAGGCAGCAACAACAAAUGGGGUAAGGCAAGAGAAUCUGAUUUCCAACAGAAAGCCUAGAUACUGAACUUACUAGGCAAAGAUUUUAACUAUUUUAAAUAUGCUCAAGGAUUUAAGGAAACCAAGUCUGAAGAACUAAAGUAUAAGAAGAGUGUCUCACCAAAUACAGAAUAUAAUAAAGAGAUAGAAUUAUAAAAAGAUUUUAUAAAUUUAUAAUUUUUAAAAUUAUAAUUUAAAGUUACAUUUUAUAGAAAUUAAGAAAAGAAACUUAUUUGGACAUGAGAAUUACAGGACAGAAACAAUUGACUAUCAGGGAUAAAAACAGUUUUGAGCAGCAGAAGAAAAAUCUCAGAAACCUUGAAAUUAGGUCAAUUGAGAUGUUCCAGUUUGAGGAAAAGGAAAAAAAAAAAAGUGAAUGAAAGAAAAUAGCCUCAGAGACCUCUGGGGCACCAUCAACAAUGUACAAUGGGAGUCUCAGAGAAAAAAAGAAAGGAUCUGAAAGAAUAUUUGAAGAAAUAUUGUCAGGAUACUGGAAAUUUGGUGUAACACAUUACACAUUCAGGAAGUUCACUGAGCUCCAAGUUGGAUAAACUAAAAAUAUUUACACUGGGACACAACACAGUCAAACUGUUGUAAGCCAAAGGCUAAGAGGGAAUCUUGAAAACACCAAGAGAGAUGUAACUCAUAAUGUACAAGUGAUCCUCCAUAAGAUUAAUACCUAAUUUCUCAUCAGAAAUUGUAGAAACCAAAAGGCAUUAGAUGGUAUAUUCAAAGUGCUGGGGGGGAAAAAACUUAGCACAGAAUUCUAUAUUUGGCAAAACUGUCUGUAAACAUAUAGGAGAAAUUAAGGCAUUCCCAGAUGAACAAAAGCUGAGAAUUCAUUGCGGGCAGACCUGCCCUAAGUGAGUGCUCAACAGAGUACUUGGAGCUGAAUGAAAGGACACUAGACAAAAAAAAAAAAAAA